UGCUUUGACCAAACAGUCUAUAUCUUUGGCUUUGACCAAACUACAGCUACAGAGCAGGAAGAAGAACUCAGUCUGGUCUCAGCUCCAUCAGCUGCUGCAUCUCUGCUGUCAUGUUCACUUUAACAUCAGAGCUGCUCCUUACUUUGUUCGCAAGUUCAUGGAUCUUUGUUCUGUGUCAAGAGACACAGGAGGUGAAGGUGAAGCCUGGAGAGGACGUCACUCUUCAGUGUCAGAGUCACAGAGGUGCUGACAUCUCACUGAUAGGGUGGAGCAGAACUGACCUGAAGCCAGAUGACAGUUUUGUCUUCCUCUUCAGAGACGGUGGCUCAAAUGAAAACAACCAGCAUCCAUCUUUUCGUGGUCGAGUGAAUCUGAGAGAUCCAGAGAUGAAGAACGGAGACGCUUCUGUAAUUCUGAAGAACGUCGACAUCAACGACACUGGAACAUAUGAGUGUCAGAUUAGAGAAGGAAACAAGGAAGGCAAAUCUGAUCCCAGCAGCGUCAUCAAGUUGACAGUGACAGGUCACACAGCUGGACACAAGGAGGGAGGAGACAAGGAGAUAAAUGUUGGACUGAUGGUCGGUCUGCCAGUUAUUGCUGUGCUUCUUGUUGCUCUUGCUGUUCAUUUUAUGGCCUAAAACAGUGAUUCCCAAAGUUUGGUGCACACACCCCUUGGGGAUGCGCGCCAGGAAAAAUGUAAUGGCGGUGUAAUAGUGUAAUAACUACAACAAUUAUUUUGUGGAAUUUUUCAUGAAAUAAAAACCUGAAUUGAAACUUUCAGUUGUAAAUUUAAUUUAAAAUAAAAAACGUUAAUAGUG